UGUGGGUCAUCAGAAGGAAGUACAGCAAUGGAAGAGUUAAUAGUUGAACUUCGCCUCUUUCUUGAACUCCUGGACCAUGAAUAUCUAACCUCAACUGUCAGGGAGAAAAAGGCCGUAAUAACCAAUAUUCUGCUGAGGAUACAGUCCUCCAAAGGUUUUGAAGUGAAAGAUCAUGCUCCGAAGCAAGAAACCACCGGCAGCCUGCCGGCCCCUCCUCAGAUGCCUCUGCCGGAGAUCCCUCAGCCCUGGCUGCCUCCUGACAGUGGGCCUCCACCAUUACCGACAUCCUCCCUCCCAGAAGGUUAUUACGAGGAAGCUGUGCCCCUGAGCCCUGGAAAAGCUCCGGAGUACAUCACGUCAAAUUAUGACUCGGAUGCCAUGAGUAGCUCUUAUGAGUCAUAUGAUGAAGAGGAGGAAGAUGGAAAGGGGAAGAAAACUCGGCACCAGUGGCCUUCAGAGGAGGCCUCCAUGGACCUGGUGAAGGACGCCAAGAUCUGUGCCUUCCUGCUGCGGAAGAAGCGCUUCGGCCAGUGGACCAAGUUACUCUGCGUCAUCAAGGACACCAAGCUGCUGUGCUAUAAAAGUUCCAAGGACCAGCAGCCUCAGAUGGAACUGCCCCUACAAGGCUGUAACAUUACAUACAUCCCGAAAGACAGCAAAAAGAAGAAGCACGAGUUGAAAAUUACCCAGCAAGGCACAGACCCACUUGUUCUUGCGGUCCAGAGCAAGGAGCAGGCUGAACAGUGGCUGAAGGUGAUCAAAGAAGCCUACAACGGCAGUAGUGGGCCUGUGGAUUCAGAAUGCCCUCCUCCACCAAGCUCCCCGGUGCACAAGGCAGAACUAGAGAAGAAACUAUCUUCAGAGAGACCCAGCUCAGAUGGGGAGGGUGUUAUAGAAAACGGAAUUACUAUGUGUAAUGGAAAAGAGCAAGUGAAGAGGAAGAAAAGUUCCAAAUCAGAGACCAAGGGAACCGUGUCUAAAGUCACCGGGAAAAAAAUCACCAAGAUUAUUGGUCUGGGAAAGAAAAAGCCAUCCACAGACGAGCAGACCUCCUCAGCCGAGGAGGACGUUCCCACUUGUGGCUAUCUGAACGUGCUCUCCAACAACCGCUGGCGGGAGCGUUGGUGCAGAGUGAAGGAUAACAAGCUCGUUUUCCACAAGGACAGGACGGACCUGAAGACCCACAUUGCCUCUAUCCCUCUCCGUGGCUGUGAGGUGAUCCCAGGCUUGGACUCCAAACACCCCCUGACGUUCCGGCUGCUUCGCAAUGGCCAGGAGGUAGCAGUGUUGGAGGCAUCUUCUUCUGAAGACAUGGGCAGGUGGAUUGGGAUUUUACUGGCUGAGACAGGGUCAUCCACAGACCCAGGGGCUCUGCACUAUGACUACAUAGAUGUGGAGAUGUCUGCAAAUGUCAUCCAGACAGCCAAGCAGACCUUCUGCUUCAUGAACAGGCGUGUUAUAUCUACCAACCCAUAUCUAGGGGGCACCGCCAACGGCUACGCCCACCCCAGCGGGACGGCACUGCAUUACGACGAUGUCCCUUGCAUCAAUGGCUCGUGGGAACCGGAAGGUGGCUUUCCUGCUUCCUGUAGCAGAGGCUUGGGAGAAGAGGUGCUCUAUGAUAAUGCAGGCCUGUACGAUAACUUGCCAUCUCCGAAAAUCUUUGCCCGCUACUCUCCUGCUGACAGGAAGGCUUCUAGGCUGUCGGCUGACAAGCUGUGCUCUAACCAUUACAAACACCCCGCCUCUGCUCCGCCUGUCACUAACACCUCUUCUCCGGGGAGGGCGUCUCUCGGGCCUGGCUCCCAGUUGAAGGGUAAAAAGCCCCCAGUGGCAUCUAACGGGGUCACAGGGAAAGGGAAGACUCCAAGCGGUCAGCCAAAAAAAGCGGACUCAGCAGCCAGCGUGAAACGGACAACCUCUAAUGCUGACCAGUACAAGUAUGGCAAGAACCGGGUAGAAGCAGAUGCCAAGAGGCUACAGACCAAAGAAGAAGAGCUGCUGAAGAGGAAAGAAGCCCUGCGGAAUAGACUGGCCCAGCUCCGGAAAGAGAGAAAAGACCUGAGAGCCGCCAUCGAGGUGAACGCUGGCAGGAAGACCCAGGUGGUGCUGGAGGACAAGUUGAAGAGGCUGGAGGAGGAGUGUCGGCAGAAGGAGUCGGAGCGCGUCAACCUGGAGCUGGAACUGACGGAGGUCAAGGAGAGCCUGAAGAAGGCGCUGGCAGGCGGAGUCACCCUGGGGCUGGCCAUCGAGCCCAAAUCGGGGACGUCAAGCCCACAGUCCCCGGUGUUUCGGCAUCGGACUCUGGAGAACUCGCCCAUCUCCAGCUGUGACACGAGUGACGCAGAGGGCCCCGUGCCGGUGAACAGUGCAGCGGUCCUGAAGCGGAGCCAGCCGGCCCCGGGCAGCUCCCCCUGCCGCGGGCACGUGCUGCGCAAGGCCAAGGAAUGGGAAUUGAAGAACGGGACAUAAGGACAGGCACGGCUGCUGCAGCUGCAGUCAGGGACUGCUCACCCCUCACCCGGAGUCCCCACCUGUGCGACCGCAGGAAGCCCUGGCAGCGUGACGAGUUUAGAGACCAGCACCCUGACCCCGGCUCACGUGUCUUCUUUCUACUGUAUAUUGGUGCCCUUUAAAAAAUGUACUCGUAAGACUUAGUUUCCAACUUUGUUACAAACAGACCCAGAAAGAGAUGAAAAGGUAUUGUAAAAGGACCUAUGUUAGGCAGAGAAGCUGCGUCUUCCUAACCUGUUACACGAUUGCUUUAACCAGCUUUGACCCGGCCCCGGCUGAAGACAGAUGGAUUCGUGAGCCCAGAUGAAGCCCUGGGGGAGC